AUGCCUCGAAAAGGAUACGACGUGACUGGGUGCGCCCCAGGUACUCCCGCUGCCGAAGCCGCGGCUCGGGCCAGGCAGAGAGCCGCCCCUGGAAACAGUACUCCUCGCGCCGGAACUCCUGCCAAUCCAUCUCGCCACGAUGGAGAUGAACAGGAGACCCCUCGAGCUUCUCGGAUCGGCGUUUUCGCUGGAAAUACACCUGCUGUCCCUCCCGCGUACUCUCUGAUGAACGUUCUGCAGGAUGAUCGAGGAUUUCAGAUUCAGCAACGCCUGCCAAGACAGGAGCUGUACCAGAACCCUUUGAACAUCAGUUCAAUUCAGGCAGCCAAUGGUCUCAUGGCGAGGCCCAUCAGUGGCCCCCACGGCCAUCCCGCCCCUUUCGAAUCGCAGCCGUCGAUGUUCCUAGGAGUUGCACCCUUAACUUCUACGGGCCAAGGCGUUGGAUUUGUAAACGCUCCCGCACAGCUCAGUACCACCACCUUUAGGACUGCCGACUUUGGAGCGCAGCAGCAGCAGCUCUGGAACAACAAUCAGUUCUAUUCUAUGCCCUCCAGCCAGCAUGGAAUUCAGAGUCUUCACAUGUCGCGUCCCGGUCCAGAGUCGUUUGCCCACUACCAAACGGCUGUGGGAGCCGUCCAGCACCAGACGGCAAACACCAACGCGGGGACUUCGGCAUCCCAGAGUGCGGACGAAGACACUGAGAUGGCGGGUGUCGACCGCUAA